AUGAAUACACAGCAGAGGAGUGGAUCGGGUCCUUCUGUUCAGAGCCCUCGAUCGCCGUCCUCGCAGUCUCCAUAUUUGACUGUAUCAGUAUCGGAUCCGGCUAAAAUGGGCAAUGGAGUCCAGGCUUACAUUUCGUACAAAGUUAUUACUAAGACAAACUUUCCAGAAUAUGAUGGCUCUGAAAAAAUUGUUAUCCGGAGGUACAGUGAUUUUGUUUGGUUAAGAGAUCGUCUUUUUGAAAAGUACAAGGGUAUCUUCAUCCCCCCUCUUCCAGAGAAGAGCACUGUGGAGAAGUUCAGAUUUAGUGCUGAAUUCAUUGAGAUGAGGCGCCAAGCACUGGAUGUUUUUGUCAACCGGAUAGCUUCACAUCAUGAACUUCAGAAAAGUGAUGAUUUUAGAAUAUUCUUGCAAGCUGACGAACAGACAAUGGAUAGAGCAAGAUUCCAGGAAACUGGUAUUUUCAAGAAGAAGCCGGCAGAUUUGAUGCAAAUUUUCAAGGACGUACAGUCCAAAGUAAGUGAUGUUGUUCUUGGGAAGGAAAAACCAGUUGAAGAAUCAAGCCCGGAGUUUGAAAAGUUAAGGAAUUACAUUUUUCAGCUCGAAGAUCACCUGGCUGAAGCGCAGAAGCAUGCUUACCGUCUCGUGAAGAGACACAGGGAACUGGGACAAUCUUUAUCAGACUUCGGCAAGGCAGUCAAGCUGCUAGCCAACUGUGAAGGAAAUGCUCUUGGAAAGGCAUUUUCUGAGCUUGGUGCAAAAUCAGAGUUAUUGUCAAUUAAGCUGCAAAAAGAGGCUCACCACCUCCUGAUGAAUUUUGAAGAACCUCUAAAAGAUUAUGUUCGGGCAGUGCAAUCUAUAAAGGCAACGAUGGGUGAGAGAGCAAAUGCGUUCAAGCAUCAUUAUGAACUGGCUGAAGCAAUCAAAUUCAAGGAAAUCGACAUGAAUAAGCUCAGAUUAACACGAUCGGAAAAAUUGGUCGAAGCGGAGCGUGAAUAUGAAGAGCUAAAAGCUGAUGGGGCUGAGGCAGCCAGGAGAUUUGACAAAAUCGUGAAGUUAAUGAAUGAGGAGACUAUUCGGUUCCAAGAGCAGAAAACACUCGACAUGGGACUGGCCUUCCAUGAAUUCGCCAAGGGUCAGGCACGCCUUGCGAACGAUAUUGCCGAGGCAUGGCGAAGCCUUCUUCCCAAGAUUGAAGCUUGCUCUUCCGCACAGUGA